AUGGCAGAGGUCGGUGGUGCUUUCAAGGACUCUCUUACUCAGGUAUGUUUUUGAGUGACCUCCGAAGAUCGUCGCAAGAUAAUCGGCAUUUCAGGCCCAGAAGGACGAGUUGCACCAGAUCGCUCUCAAGAUCGUGCAGGACGGAAAGGGAAUUCUCGCCGCCGAUGAGUCUACCGGUAAGCCGAUUUCCAGACGCGAGAAAGAAAUCAAACAACAAGAAACUUCUUCUCAAAUUCAUCAAACUCUGUUCUUCUGAAAGUUUAUCUUUUGAUUCACUCUAGACGAUUCUAGAUGUUUCAUCAUCUUUUGAUCGUAUUCUGUGUUUCUCUCUCUCGAUUUUUCGAUUGUUUGUGUUGUUGAAAGUGGAGAUGUUGAUAGAGAGAAAAGGAGAGAUAGCGAUUGAACUGAUAGGGAAGAUCGUCGCUCGAUGAAACAAUUGCCAUGUUUACGAGACGGAAAACGUGACCAACAAAAGAAAUGAUCGAAUUUGCAGGCACCAUCGGAAAGCGUCUGUCCGCCAUCAACCUCGAGAACAAUGAGACGAACCGUCAAAAGUACAGACAGCUUCUGUUCACCACGCCAAGCCUUUCCGAGCACAUCUCGGGAGUGAUUCUCUACGAAGAGACCUUCCACCAGAGCACCGACAAGGGAGAGAAAUUCGUCGACUUGCUCAUCAAGCGUGGAAUCGUUCCUGGAAUCAAGCUCGACCUAGGAGUCGUCCCGUUGGCCGGAACUAUCGGAGAGGGAACCACCCAGGGACUCGACAAGUUGGCUGAGAGAGCCGCCGCCUUUAAGAAGGGAGGAUGUGGAUUCGCUAAGUGGCGCUGUGUCCUCAACAUCGGAACUCACACUCCAUCGCACCUUGGAAUGCUCGAGAACGCCAACGUUCUUGCCAGAUACGCCACUAUCUGCCAGGCUAACGGACUCGUCCCAAUCGUCGAGCCAGAGGUUCUGUGCGACGGAGAACACGACUUGGCUCGUGCUCAGAAGGUCACCGAGCAGGUGCUCGCCUUCGUCUACAAGGCCCUUGCUGAUCACCACGUUUACCUGGAGGGAACUCUUCUCAAGCCAAACAUGGUCACUCCAGGACAGUCGAGCGCCUCGAAGUCGACUCACGAGGAAAUCGGACUUGCCACUGUCACUGCUUUAAGACGCGGAGUUCCAGCCGCCGUUCCAGGAAUCACUUUCCUUUCCGGUGGGCAGUCGGAGCUCGACGCCACCGCUAACCUCAAUGCCAUCAACCAGGUACUCUGAUAAAGAGGGCGUCUCAUCGGGACUUUUCUGUUUUCAGGCUCCACUUGGAAAGCCAUGGAAGCUCACUUUCUCGUACGGACGUGCUCUCCAAGCUUCCGUGCUGAAGGCGUGGGGAGGAAAGGACGAGAACAUUGCAGCCGCCCAGAAGACCCUGCUCCACCGCGCCAAGGCCAACGGAGACGCCUCGCUCGGAAAGUACGCUGGAGAAGCCGCCGCCGGAGCUGCUGCCGAGUCUCUUUUCGUCGCCAAGCAUUCCUACUAA